AUGUGCCAUCUUCUAGUUUUUGCAAGAGUUUUCACACUCUCAUUUGUUGUCUUUGGACGAAUUUCAGGCUCAAAUGGAAUGCUAUUUGGAUCUGGAGACAUACAUGUCCUACAAGGUAAAGACUAUGACUGCAAAAUAUUUCCCUUUGACCCAGAGUUCUCCUCUGACGACGUUCGCGUGCAGUUGGCUGUUACAUCUAAGAAAUACGAGGCAGCUGUAACCUGGAUAGGGAGUGCCUCGAGAUCAGGUUUUCAAGGAUGUGUUGCCACCUCCGGAGCGAUCGCUGGAUCCAGGACUGUGUCUUUGCAGUGGAUUGCCUAUCGAACUGUUUCAAACGGCGCAUAUGAGAGGAAAGUCAAUAUUCCGAUGUGGACCACAGGAACUGAGUGCGUUCGGGAAGAUUUUCCAAAGUGCCGUCGUGGUUUACGUAAGCUCCCUUUUGGUAUUUGGUCUCACCCGUUAAGGUUUUUAUUCCUUCUCCAGCCUUUUGCCACAGCUCCGUACGUGUUCGUAACCCCUGUCCAUCCUGUUGCAAACAAACAUGACGCCGCAAGCGUCUGGGCGGAAGAUGUUACUAGAUAUAAUUUCAGAGCAUGUCUUCGCGAGUUGAAAAACUUUGAUGGUGCACACAAAUACCUGUCUGUGGUAAGUAUUUGGGGCUUUUGUAGACAAAUAUUUAGAGAUCUUGUUGAUGAAAUAACAGUCCUUUCAUAUUCAAGACUUGACGGAGAAUUGCUACUUCAGAAUUCAAAACUAAAGAUUGAAAAUUAUUUAAAAAUUGAAAAUUUUCAGACUAUUGACUUCCCUCAGAGAUUCUUUGAAACUCCAACUCUGGUUACGACAACCAAGCAUCACAAAGAUGACGUCAACGCCCGCAUUGAUGCUGAUGAUAACGCAAUUACAGAAUGGAUUGAAAGCAUUACAACGACAGACUUCCAGGUGUGCUUGAAGGAUAUUCAACGCUAUGACGCUCAUCACGACCCCAUCACGCUUAAUUAUAUGGCUGCUGGGUAUUACCAUCCCUGCAACGGUAGAACAUGCCCAUUUUAUGGGGAAUGCCAAGCGCCUACUGAAACAACACACAAAUGCGUGUGUAUUCCUUGCACAGGAGAUCAGUCGGCUCCACUGUGUGACAGCAAUGACGUCACUCACAAGAACAAAUGUGAAUACAACUACCACGUGUGUCAGGCACAAGAAGAACCCGGUAUAAAGCACUAUGGCGGAUGCAAACGUAAGUCCUUGCUUGUUUUAUGUGGCUUAAUAUCUUACCGUAAAAUAUCAAGAAAUCAAGAAAGUCAAAGAAGGCUUGAAAAGCAUUCCUGGAACAUUUCUUCUUCUUUCCAGUUUAACUGCUGUCACUCUGUUCGUAAACUAGGGAAAACAUUUGUCCUUCAACGAGGUCGUGUUGCCCUCCGCUUAGAGACAGAGGAUGUGCGCUGCAGAAAGGUUUACUUUAAGACGGGAAUUUUCCAGAGCAGCAAAGGAAAUAUUCGCAUUCAGACCACCAUCAACUACUUCAACUAUAGCGGAAACUUCAUUCACGACGCUGCAGUGACCUGGGUCGAGAACGUUAAUCUCACCUCCUUUGAUGUGUGUGCGCUUAAAGCAGGAAGACUAGACCGCUUGACUCCUGAUGGCGGGCUCACAUUUAUUGAUUUCAUCGCUUUCCAGGAGGCUCCAAAGAGUGCUUCGGCUGGUCAAGUCAUUAUGACAAAUUGGUGGGAUGGAACACAAUGCGAAUCAGUUACAUUUGAAGUGAGUCUGAACCGAGACAAGGUUUUUUUUUUUNUCAUUAUGACAAAUUGGUGGGAUGGAACACAAUGCGAAUCAGUUACAUUUGAAGCAACCGAGAUUUCCUCACCACACAUUUUGGUGACUGCUCAGCACACAGUAGUGGGUCUGAAACACGACGCCGCCACGGUCUGGGUCGAGAGUGUCAACACCAAUACCUUUCUCGCCUGUUCGAGAGAAAUGCAGAACUUUGAUGGAUUACACAAAGACAUCAGAUUGAACUGGUUUGUAUACGACACACUUCCAACAAAUCUUGCCGGUGAAAAACAUAUCAUCGAUUUCCAAAACAACUUUUUACCUCUUGCUGAGAAUCACAACUCUUACUGUGAGACCGUGAAUUUUACAACGCCCAAGAAUUCGACGCCCACGGUCAUUGUGUCAGCGUCUCAUCUUAAUUCAGCCAGUCCCGAACAUAACAGCAUUGCCACUUGGGUAGAGCAAAUUACAACUAGAGGCUUCCAAGUGUGUGUCAAAGAACUUCAUAAUCUGAAUGGUUACGACUCCGUGAAGGUGGCUGCACUUAUCAUUGGUAAGCUUUUGUAUUUUACAUUAUAAUAAAGUUUCCAUAUAACGCGCGUUCUGAUUGUCUGAA